GGUGGAGCCACUUCUACGAGGGCCACUUCUACCAGGACGACGAGCUUUUCGAUCUACAGCGACUCGGACUCGUCCGCAUCCGAAAAGCCGACCGAGGACGCCGGCGAGGACGCGCAGUCGCGGCCCGGCGCGUGCAAGCAGUUGCUGCAGAACCUCGCCUGUUCCCCGCUGGAAGACCUCGCGCUGCACCGCGUCAUGAUGUUGUCGGGCGUCCCGCCGACCUUUGACCUGUCCAACGUGUCCACGUUGGAGCAGUUUGUCUAUUACUACCAGCUGCAGGAGUGCAAACGACUGCUGUAUUGGCGGGAUCUGGAGGGCCAGUGGCAGGAGGAGUUUGAGGAGUUGCAGGCCCGGUUGCUGCAGCUGCAGCAAGAGAACAGCCUGUUUGACCAAACGGGGAUCACCGGCACGCCCGGCGUCGUGGAAAACAAACAGCAAAUCGAUCAACUCUGCAAGCAAUUGACGCUGAGUUGUGCAGGCGCAGUGAACCCAAUUCGCGACUCGAACUUCCACCCCCAGAUGUUGCAGCAACUCAACGACAAUCUGAAUCAGCUGACGGAGAUGAAGAAAAAAGCCUGGUCACCGCCCUCACACCUGGUCGCCGCCAACGCGGCCAUUGCGCAGCAGUUUCGGGCGGUCUCGCAGUUCUCCCAGAUUUGCGCGGAAACCCGAAUGGGGGGCGGAACCAACGCGAUCGACGACGACAUUGCGGCUUUUGCCGCGGAGCAGGAGGGCGGAGCGGCUUCAGCUGAGGAGGAUCCGAAUUGGUCAAUGAAGACAGGUGGGACGGCAAGAUCAGGAGCUCUUGCGACGAGUAAAACAAAGCGACCGUCGAAUUUUCCAAGCAGUUACAUGAGCAAAAUUGUCUCGAAAAGUUCCAUUCCGACAAUAGAGGAGGGGUACCACAUUGCUGAGAAAUACCUAGAGAAACUCGACAAGCUGCUGACCAACACCCUAAUCUGGAGUUUCCUGCGCCCCCCCGAAGACGUGGUGGUCAUGCAGCGCGCGGGAGUCGGCAUAGGAUCUUCGUCAAUCAUGGGAGGCGGAGGCUCCUCCUCGUCCUCUGCAGGGAGGUCGUUAUUUGCUGGAUCAUCGUCCGCCGCAGCUUCUGCCGGUGGCAUGAGAAUAGUGUCGUCAUCCGCUUUCGUAGAUCACCACUCGCCCGGGGGCACGACCAGGUGCUCGUCCAAGGGCAACCAACUAACCUCCACCUGCUUGGAGGAUUGGCGGCCGCUUCGAGACGCCCUGCAGAAGCAGCAGCACGUGGAUCUGAGCACCGAGCAUUGGCAGGUCGUGGAGCAGGUGGGACGGCGGCUGGCCGUGAAGAACUUCGUCGGCGGCCCGAACGCGGUGUUGGACAGCAGCAACGCCUCAACGUCACGCAGAAGUAUGAAAAGCCGCACGAAACAAGAACGCAGCGCGCAAAAAAAGCAAGCGGUGGCGGUUUCCCUGGACAAAGAAGCGGACCACGCGGCCGUGGUGGAGAGAGCAAGCGGAAGCGCGGCUGCAUUGGCGACUACGACCGCUGCGGUUGUUAUUGCACCAAGUUCAUCUUCAUCGUCCAAGAACUCGCUGUCCCCGCCACCUGGGGCAGCUCCUGCCUCAACUACAGGAGCAAACAGUCGGCGAGGAGGCGUGGCAUCUUCGGCAUUCACUGCCACGGCAUCAUCAUCUCCCGGAGGUACUUCUAGCAAUAGACCGUCGCCCGAGCACCGCGGCUCUGCUCUUUCCCCGGGCCGCGGUGGAGGAACGACGGGUCUUCAUUCCGGUGCGGCACCUGACCGGAGCAAUAAAAGCAGCAAAAAUGAUUAUACUUUUCACACGAUGACGAUGCACAAAAAUUCCUCCUCGUCUCGCACAUCUCCAUCUCCGCGAAGAAGCUCUUCGAGCUCCUCCGCAGCCUCCUCUUCUACAACAGCGGGUGGGGAAUCGUCUUCUUCAUCUUCUUCUGGGAACGCCAGCGGGAGCGGGUCGUCAUCAGAAAAUCAAAAUAUAUUGAUCGGAAGUAGUACUAGUGCAGGAGCUGGUGGAAGACCUGGAGCUGCUGGAAGCACGUCAGCUACUAGCAGUGCCACGUCUCCGCGCAGCGCCAUACAUUCGCAGGUGCAGCGGGAGGAGGAGAGGCGGCGACAGCAGGAGGAACAGCGGAUCGCGAAGCGGUUGAAGUGGGGUUUACCGGUGGAUGAGGAGGAGGAAGAAGAGGACGGGUUAUUUUUGAAUGAUCGUACUAGUAGAAGUACCGCUCAACAAGCAUUUAGCAAAAGCGAAGACCUCAUCUCGGCCGCGCCUUCGUCUAGAUCCUCGUCAAGUAGUAGCAGCAGCGGCAGCAGUCGAGAGGGUUUCAGAAGUUCUUGUGCCGUUUCGGGCACCUCCAGCACAUCAACAAGAGGACCAGGAGGGUAUGCUACAACUUUUGAUGGUAGCCGUGACGGCACGAGAAGUAGUAGUCCGCAAACCAAACGAGAUGGCCACGACCGACAUCUUCAAAACGGGCUGCAAUUCGGGAAGAUGAAAGCUACGGUGGUUAGCGUCGCGCCGGCGGCAAACCCAGCGGCGUAUUUCUCCCCCUACUCCGCUCACGCGAUGCAGCAUCUUCCCGGUGGAGGUGGUGCACCAAGUGCUCAUGCAAACUUUCCUGCAGCAAAGCAGGGACCCCCGGACCGUGACGACGUCGAGCAGAUUCAGGAUUCGUACAAGUUGGCGAACAGCGUCACUUGCCUGGACGGCACGCAGAACCUGUGGCUGGUGAAGCCCGUGGACACCUGCCGGGGGAUCGGCAUCCAGGUGCUCCGCGACUUCCGGCAGAUUCUGCAGUACAGCAAAACGCAGGCGGGGAACAGUGCGAACCAGAAUAAGCUCGGGACGCGUGGGUAUCGCGAUUACAUUCGCGGCCCGCACGUUACGUCCGCGAAUAACUCGCCCGCGUCCCACUACUCCCCGAAGCUGGUGGACGACGAAGACCCACGGGCGGUAUUGGACCACUACGCCAUUGGGGGCUCGAACGAUCAUCAAUUUACUUCGGGACGCGGGGCAGGAGACCACCACCAGGAGCGGAUUCACUACUUCGGAGCCGCGGCUGCGGGAGCGAGUUCUUACGCACGUGGUACUGGUGGGGCGACUGCAAGCAAUGGUGGCAGGAUAGCUGCGGUGUCGAAUUAUAGCAGCCACAGCUCCACUUCUUCAUCUUCUCUGAUCUACAACCACUUGGGCGUUGCGAUCGCUGCUAAGGACCACAAUACUGGUAGAGGGCAACAAGAUAUAAUUAACCACACGUCGGCCCAAAAUGGUCGACCAGGUAGUUCAACCGCGUCAUCGUCUAGACAGCAGCACCAUAAUCUCCGGAACGCAGCGAGCGAAAGUCCAAACGUGAAAUUCCGUGCUGCGGCAAGCCGUGCAGUUCGGUUUUCAACCGCCACAACUUGUUCUACCCAGUUGUAUGACAGCGGUGGCAAAAGCGCUGCGAUCGUGGACAACUCGAGGAGUUCGAACUCUAGCCAUCAUGCCCACAACGGAGGGGGAUCAUCCCAGGUCGUGGUUGCUAUUCCAAAAACUAAACAGAAAUCUCCGUCCAAGUCUCCCGGUCUGCGUAUUGGCGAAAACCAGUUGGACGAACUGCUAGCGACGCCGCAAGAAUUCUAUCAACUGCAAAAAUGUCUGGGUCUGGAAGGGUGCGAACUUGUGAUGCUCCAUUUGGAUGCUACAAAAAUCUGUAUUGCAUGAACAGCACCAAAAACGGUCCAGUUUUUGCCCCGGCGGGAGGGCAUUUCUCAUGCGGAAUUGGAAUAGGCAUCAAGAAGCCCUCACAAAGUGUGUGAUGCUAGGGCAUACAUCACAGACGUCAGGAGUCAUGCAAAAUAUGCAUGACAAGCCCGGCAACAUAAACAUUCCAGACCCAGACAUUUUUGCAUCUGAUAAAUUCAAUUACGCAACAACUACCGGGGUAGCCGGUGGAAGUGCAAGUGGUGCUUCGUCCAAGGCAAAGUCCCUGUCUCCCGACCACCGACGGAACGCGACCAAGCUGACAAUGACCCAGUUUCUGCAGCACAUGGACGAACGAGAGGAACGGCGCAUCCGACACAAGUGGAAGUCCGCAACCGUGAGCAAGAUCCUGCAAAACCCGUUCGCGAAAAAGACCAGUCCCACCGGUAUGGGAAGCUGGCGCUACCUGUAUCCUGAGUAAAAUAAACUACGUCCCCACGACGACAACCCGCGGUCCAGAGUUGUCGUGCGAAAUGCCACGACAAAUAAAAUGUUUCUCAUGUAGUUUCCGCGCAACCCCAUUAGAUAGGAGGAGCAUUUUGAUUUGUGUAGCCGAAUUGCCACCUUGUCCCUGACUCCACCGGGUUGGGGACGUUUAUUUUACACAUGACAACCUGGCGCAGAAGUACAUCGAGCGUCCCUUGGUCAUCCACCACGACGGGUUUUCGGCGACCUGGUAUGCAACGAAAAAAUUUAAAGUUUUACAGUUACACAUUCUUGAUGUGUUGCAGGCAAAGCAAGACAGACAAGCUCUGUCAUGCCGGAUAUGCAUAGGAGCCUUGUAGUCUACUUCUACGAGUUUCUCCUUACUAGGAUCUCACUCUGCAUUGCAAGUUUUCUCUCUACUCAUGCAGAGAAAAUUUGCGUUACUGCAUUGACAAGAACUGAACGAGUGUGUAACUGUAGCCCUACUUUUCCAUUCGUUGCAUAUCUGGCCACCGUCUGGGAGCAGUAGUGCCUCCGCUGGCUCUACAUCGUUUUCAUCCACUUCAGACAAGCAAAAACUGAAACCCUACAAGUUCGAUAUCCGGCAGUGGGUUCUGGUUACUGCCUUUAGCGAGCCAGAUCUGCGGGCCUGGUUCUACGAGGAUUGCUACUUGAGGUUCGCCACGCAUCCCUAUCAACCGGAGGUGCAGCAGAUGAAUCCGGGAACAACUACUGCCGGUGGUGCUAGUGUGGGUUCUGUGUUCGGGUCGUUAGAUCUGCUAGACGACCGGGGUGCUGGAGGGGGAAGCUUCAAGAAUGCUGGUGACGGUGGAACAAUUACCAAAACUACGUCACCCAGCAUUUCGAACUCUUCGGCAACCGCCCUCAAGAAAUCUUCUUUCUCAUCCUCUUCCAGUAGCAGCCCGGGCGGCGGUCGGGCAGGCGACAGUACAACUUCUAGAGACCACAGUAGUACAACAACGCCAGACCGCCCCAAUCACGUACACCUUCCCUCGAUUGCUGCAACCGCCGCGACGACCGUCAGUCCGCGGAAGGGCGUCAAGUACCUCAGCGGGCUGUCCGAUGCGGAUCAGUUCAUGCACUUGACCAACAACGCGGUCGUGAAGAAAACCGAUGAUAUCAAGGACUUCGAUGUAGACCGCACCAUGUGGCACAGCGACCGUUUCGCGACCUGGCUGGAGCAGCAGCGUUCGAACAAACAAAUUCGGGAGAACGAAAACCGACGACGGCGGACGGUGCAGGCGGGUGGUUCUUCACUUUCCCCAUCUUCGACGUCUCGAAGUCCGAGCAUGUCAAACAAUCGAGGAAGCCGAAGCCCAAAUCAUUCGCCAAAUAAUAGUCGAAACACGACGAGUACGACCCAUGCUGGAGGUGCAGCUGCAACCAAUGUUAAUCGGAGCAGUCAUCCACACCAUCACACUAAUUCCCCAGCCUCGCCUUCGUCGGGGGCGAACAUUACCAAACCCUCCCUGGACGGCCCGUUCACGUGGCAAAACAUCAAGUGGCAGAUGAAGCGGCUGGUUUGGAUUUCGCUCCGCGCCGCGGCCAAGCGCGGCUGCAUCCACGAGCGCAGGAACAGCUUCGAGAUCUUCGGCUACGACUUCAUGGUGGACGCCCGCGGAAAGGUGUGGCUGAUUGAAGUGAACGCAAACCUAUCAAAUGUAAAAGUGUCUGGGUCUGGAAGAAUGCAUGUUUGUCAUGCUUGUCUGGCAUGACUAUUGAAUCUGUCACGCACGUUGCCCAAGAGCCGCACUUUUCUGCCAUGCGGAGACGCAAUUUGUCAUGCAGAAUAGGCAACACCUACAAGCUCAGAAAUUUGUCAUACUGAGCCAGCACUUGUGGCCUCUUCAUGCUACGCCACUCAGCAUCACAAGUUUCCAGACCCAGACAUUUUUACAGUUGAUAAAACCCGGACUUGUCGUAUUCGACCUCCACCACAAGGGAUUUGGUUCCCCUCAUGCUCCUAUGCAUCGCAAAUAUCAUGUUCGGGUGUAAGUAAGUGUAAGUACACGAAGAAAGAAAAUCGGUAUUGCGCAUUUCGAAUGAAGCCAAAAUCUACUACUUACCCUCUCAUGCAAAUACUUACUUAUAGCAGGAUGCGGAUUUCUCAUGUAGUUCACUGCGCUCUCUUUAAUACCCGUGCCCGUCAUAGGAUUUGUCGUACUGCUAGUACGCGCGUCGUCUUCGUGGAGCGAUCAUCAGCAUUGUAAAUUUACGUCUUCGUGGAGCGAUCACUCAGACAUAGUUAUUUGCAGUUGAUAGGUCGCAGACGCGGCACACGUCGUCUUCGGGGAGGAGAAGUUCCCUUGUGCGGACAGUGACCAGAAUAUGCACGUACAAAUUUUCCGUGCGCAACGUACAUAUACAAAUUUCGCCAAUCACAACUUGGAGUAUGUCACUUGUCUUUGUCAUGCUGAAUAGGAUAGUACUGGCGGAAAAGGUUUGGUUAUGCAGAAGACGCUGCAUAUCUUGUACGGUGCGUACGGAAAUUCAUUUCCUGUGGAUACGGAAUUCGCUCGCGAAGUACUCUCUGUUGCAACACGGGCAGCACGUGAACACAAGCAGCGGUGGGGCCACGUCGGUCGGCGUGCACUCCUCGUCCUCUUCGGACUUGUUUCAAACGGCUGGAGGGUUGCUUCUGCCAACCGCAACUUCUAGCGGGACACAGGGCGGAAAUCCAGUGGGAACUGCAAAGGGGCAUGGGUACGAGUUGUUUUACCUUUUGCUUGUUCAAUGUUGUAGUACUUAAAAUGAUCAAGCCACGUAGUACCUCCACUUCGUGCUUCUAGUUUUACUGGUUCCUGCUCGAACUGCUGAGUUGUUUGCAAACGUUUAGCUUUGCACUUUCAUCAAAAGUGCGAAUUGAAGAUGUGUGCGAUAUGUUGCAACAGCAAAUUCUCGACUAGCACGCAGUUCUAGCUGCACAACUUCUAAGUUCAUUUGGACGUCAUUCUGCCCAUGGCCUGGAGAUUAAUGGCGCGUGAUGAAAUAAGAAUCCGAAGGGAGUGACGUUAUUGCUAUCCAAAUAAUAUUACACCACCUUGCAGUAUCGCCCAUCUCCCCGGUGCCGCACGAGUUGCGAGAUCUCUGGAGCGCAGCGACCGGGAAGAAUUCCUGGAAUGUAUUGCCGGCACCCACCGCCAGAGCAAGCGGGUGGGCCGAUUUUCCUUGAUGUUGCCGCACGAGUGGGACGCGGCGGUGCCGCAAGUUAUGCCUUGUUACAAAUUUCCGGAUACUACCGUGCACGUACUACACAAAACGAUAAACUAAACUUGGCUACUUUGUCAUGUUUGGAUGCGCUUGGUGGAAGCGUGGUUGGUUUCUCAUCCGCAACCUAGAUCGGAAGUUUGUAGACCCAGAACAAUUUCUGUGCAAUGCACGGCCGUGUUGUCAUUUGUCUUUGUGUAGUACGUGCGCGGUGCAGUAGUUGCACAUCAAGUGGAUACACUUCUUCCAAGAAGAUGGAACUAGUUUGGUGCAGUAGCACGACGUGGCCAUCAGCACCACGCCAACGCCAUACCUGUACGCCAUGCCAAAUCGUGCCAUUCUGUUUCUGAGCAGCGAAAAAUAUGAAGAUGCUUUGAUAAAGUAAAAUUUUUAUAUUGGCAACGAUUCGGUCUUGUUGAGCGACGACUCUGCUUUGAGGCAGCUCGCCGACCACUCUGUCGCGAGCGACUGCACGACUUCUGCAAUUUCCUUGAACUCUUUAUGGGAUUGAAAGCUAUGAGGUACCUGAAGGAACAGGAGCAAGAAUGACAUCCGCAUCGGCAUCCGCUCUCGCCACAAUCACUCAG